AUAAAACAUCCAAUGGAUCUAUUUACUAUAAAUUUAAAAUUAGAAAAUAAUCAAUACAAAAAUUUAAAAGAAUUUGAAAAAGAUAUUCGUUUAAUGUUUCGUAAUUGUUAUACAUACAAUGAUGUUAAAAGUAAAGAAUAUUGUUCAGGUGAAAAAUUAGAAUCUAUUUUUAAUGAAAAAUGGAAUGAA